UUGGCAUCGAGAGUUCGGAAUCAAACAUGGCGGCCCUUCGGCAUGUGCGUGUUGGUUCGAAGUCAAGGUGGAUAAAUUUGCUGGCAGGUCAGAACUCAAGCGGACAUUUCCUCGAAGCUACUCUAACAGACGGUGCAUUAAAUACCAUCCAGAAAAGAUGGCUUCAUCCAGCAAAUUUCAAGAACUGCCAUGCCACUGGGUCUCGAAGCAGACUCCUAAGUGCAGGGCUAAUAUCGAGCCAAUAUGGUGCCAGACCAACCUGGAGUGUGAUUUCAGCUCAUAGACUGAGAUACAACAGCACCGAGGCAGCCAAGACAACUGCUGAUGCUUCUGGGUACAUACUGGAACCGCCAGCUUUACCUGAUAUCAUUGAUGUAUCACAGACUGUGAAUGCAUUGGGGGAACCAAGCCUGGCUAGUAUGGGACUCGGUAGUUACUGGCCUCCAGGCCUAUAUCAACAAGGUCUUGAAUAUCUUCAUGUUGGCAUUGGUUUACCAUGGUGGGAAGCAAUAGUUUUAUCCACUGUUAUAGUAAGGGUGCUGUCCUUCCCGUUGUUGGUUAUGUCACAAAGAUUUAUCACAAACAGUCUGAACCAUAAACCUGAGAUGGAUCGAAUCCAGGCAAAACUCUCUGAAGCCAAAAUAAAUGGAAAUGUUCAAGAAUAUGCAAUCAGACAAAUGGAAAUGAAAAAGUUCAUGAGGAAAACAAAUUCCAACCCUUUGAAGACUAUGAUGUACCCAAUGAUGCAGAUGCCAAUUUUUUUAUCAGUGUUCAUUGGUCUGAGGAAAAUGGCCUAUUAUCCAGUGGAGAGUAUGUCGACUGGAGGUGUUUUCUGGUUUAGUGAUCUAACCGUGUCGGAUCCCUACUUCAUCCUGCCAGUUAUCACCUCGGCAACACUCCUUCUGUCAAUAGAGUUGGGUAGUGAAGGGAUUUCCAGUAAGUCUGGACCUGCUGCUGGAAGGUAUUUCAUGAGAGCCAUUCCACUUAUCAUGGUUCCCAUUAUGAUGACUUUCCCAGCGGCGUUGAAUGGCUAUUGGCUUACAUCAAAUGUGUGUGGCCUGGUACUUGCAUCAAUUCUAAGACAAAAGGACAUUCGAAAGUUUUUCAAAAUCCCACAAAAAAUUAUUCACCCAAAACAAACAGGAGAAAAAAAGUCUUUCAAGCAGUUUAUUAAUGAAGCUUGGUCUGAUAGUAGAAGGAAGCGGUUAGCGAUGAAUAAAGAGAGAGAGAAAAGGGAACAUUUUAAGAAAGCUGGAGCAGGACCUUUAACAAAAACUUAUGCAACUGAUCCGACUAUAAAGAAGAAAGUAAAUCGGAAGGUGCUUUAGGAGCAUGUUGUCUUUCAAAACCAAAUAGAUAUGAGGUCAACAUGGAAGAUUCAAG